CUGGUUUGACAGCCCUGCAGAGUGAAGUUGUACUUAGAAUUGGAGCAACAGGGUCAGCUACAGUGGAAGCUAUCCCACAUCUACAAAUGGGCCUGAGUACAGAAGAGUAUACCACUUUAGGGUGAGAGAAUAGUUCAUUCCUGGUGUACAUAAUGUGACAGCACUGGGUAACCUGAUAACUUGGCAGAAGGUGGAUUAUGACUUCAGUUACCACCAGAUGGAAUUCCCAUGCAAUAUUAAUGUACUUAUCACUUCAGAAGGCAGAUCACUUCUACCGUCAGACUGUCAGGUCCAUUUACAGCCACAGAUAAUUCCACCAAACAUGGAGGAGUACAUGAACAGCCUUCUCACAGCAGUGCUGCCAUCCAUGCUGAACAAAUUCCGCAUCUUUUUAAGCUUGCUGAGGCUGUUGGAUUACAGCAUAUCUGAUGAGGUGACCAAGGCAGUAGAGGAAGACUUUGUAGAAAUGCGUAAGAAUGACCCUGAGAGCAUAACCGCUGAUGACCUUCACAGAACUCUGCUUGUAGCAAGGUUUCUGUCUCUCAGUGCUGGGCAGACAACGCUGUCAAGAGAGCGGUGGCUAAGAGCAAAACAGCUGGAAGCAUUACGUAAAGCCAGGCUCCAGCAACAGAAGUGUGUCAAUGGAAAUGAACUUUAAUAAUUCCUCCUAUUAUUUUGCUUACCUGUGACUAGGAAAAUGAGGUUUGUCCUAAUCCUAAGUGGAGCCAGCACUAAGAAUGGGGUACUGUUUAUUCCACAGUUUCUUGUAGAUAAUUUAUACCAAAAAAUUAUGGACACUCACCCUUGAAAACUGAACCCAUUUAGUUUAUAUGGGGUUCAGUAAGCUAAUGCUGAAACUUACUGAUUUUAUGAAAUUUUUUUGGAGCUUGUUUUGUAACUGAGAAUUAAUAACAAUGAGCAAUUUGUUUGAUAUUAAAAGUUUAAUACUGAAA